GUAUAAUCAAAGUUAGAAGGAAUCAUAGUAUUUAUAUGAACAAGUUACCCUCCCAUAAAAUAACUAAGGCACAGUGGCCUAGAGAGUCGAUAUCGCCUCAUUCUAAGUCCCAAAUUUGUAACAAAAAUUUGAAGGCUCCAGCCAGACAUUUCGUAACUCAGAUGAAUGUAUACUCAGAUGAGAAGAAUGAUGAGAAGCUGUAUAAGAAGGUCCUGCUAGAAGACGAGAAGUACCAAAAUGUAGACCUCUCGGCAGAUUUUCAGACUAAUGAGCCUAAGUCUACCUCCAGAAGGCAAGUUUUGAAGUGGAUCUACCACUUUGGUCAGAAGUUCAAGCAAAGUUGCAUAACUAUUCAAACAGCAAUUAUAUAUUUCGAUAAGCUGAUUGGCAAGCUUCCUAUCAUGCAUAUCAAGCAUGAGAGUGAUCUUUGGGCUGCAACUUGCCUCCUCGUAGCAUCUAAAUUUGCCGAGCCAGAUAUGAAUGUUGUCAGAAUCUCAGAUUUAAGAAAAGUGAAUAAGAAGUUCAAACUCAUGGUAAUGAAGAAGUACGAGAAGAAGCUCUGAAGUAUCCUAAACUGGGAAUUGAACUUUAUCACUCCAGCUCAUUACAGAGACAGUGUAGUGGACGAAGCACAUGAGUUAGAGUAUUGUAGCAAGGAUAUUUAUGGGCAUAAUGAUACUAUCAUCCUAAUGAGCACUGAGUUAAGAAAUAUCAAAUACUCUACUAUAGAAUGCGCCUGCUAUCUUUAUUUCAAGGAUCUUCAAGACUCUCAUAUUGCAAAAACCUUGAUAAACUCUUUUGGCUCUUCUGUAAGAGAUAUCAAAAGAUGUAUUGAAUAUCUUUCUGGGUACAAAAAGCCAGAAGAAAAGCCCAUACAUAUUCCUAAAGCUAUCAAAACCAACAUGAAUCUUACAGCUGAGAUAAAGCUUCCAUCAGUGGAUUCUAGUCAUAAGAAGAAUAAGUCUGUUUCCAACACUGGAAGAUCAAGCACCUUCGAGGAUUCAAACUGCCCUAACAGAUCUAUCUCUAGAGAGCAAGAAUGUGCUAACAAGUAUAUCCAGAAGUACAACGUUACCUCUAAGAUUUCUAAAUUCAAGGAAAAAUAAUAGUUUCUGCCAGCAGCCUCUUGCUAGGUGAGAGUCAGUGGAUGUUGUUAACAAUGAUGAUAUGAACAAGUCAGCAAGCAAGUUACCUGGAUUCAUGAACAGAAGCCUGAUUAUUUGCAGAGAGAAAGCUGUGCUAAGGAAAAGACUAGACCUUAGUUGUGAAGCAGAUGGAUCUAAGGGCUCUGAUACCACAGCAGAAAGUAGACCAAUUGCCAAGAAUUAUGCAUAUGGAGUGGGGAGGAUGUAUUAUUGCAACAGUAAAAUAUCUUCAAAAAUGAAGAAAGUGAGAAAAAGUCAAGACCAGAAUUUGAGUCAGGUAUCCAUUGUAAAAUCACUAAAAAUGACCAAAGACUCUCAGCUAAAUAAUAGCAGAGAUAGUGCACUCCCGCCAGGCUUCAGUAAGAAUAAUAUGGGCACAGGAAGCAAGCAAAGAAGACACCAGAGAUUAUUGAAGAAAUGAAGAUACCCCCUUGGCAAGAAGACGAGCUUGGUUUAUAGCAAGGCUGAUAGAGUCAAGGUUUAUAAAAUCUCACAGAAGGAAUUAGAGUCUGUACCAGUUAUACUGACUCGCUCAAGACUUACUAAUCGAAGAUAAUUAAGGAUUUCCUUAUAAUUCAAAAACUUUAC